GGUGGGCACAGGUGGGUGGCACUGGUGGGCACAGGUGGGUGGCACUGGUGGGCACAGGUGGGUGGGCACAGGUGGGUGGCACUGCUGGGCACAGGUAGGUGGCACUUCUGGGCACAGGUGUGUGACAUUGCAGAGUGGCACAGGUGGGUGCACUGCUGGGCACAGGUGGGUGCACUGCUGGGCACAGGUGGGUGCACUGCUGGGCACAGGUGGGCGGAGCUAGUGGGCGCACUGCUGGGCACAGGUGGGCGGAACUUGCGGGUGGCACUGCUGGGCACCGAUCAUCAGGGCACUGAUCAUCAGUGCCCUGAUGAUCGCGUGUCUUUGGACACCGCUGAUCAGGUGGUA